AUGCCGCCCGUCGUUAAACCGGAAGCGGUACUAAAGCGCUCCGAAGAGCUCAUCAAUGUGGGCCAGCCAGCGGCUGCGCUACAGGCGCUGCAGGAGUUUACCUUCUCGCGGCGCUUCAAGCAGGGCUCGCCGACCGCGCUGGAGCCCUUGAUGGAGCGAUUCAUGGAGCUGUGCGUGGACCAGCGCCGUGGUCGUGUUGCGAAGGAAGCACUGAUGCAGUAUAAGAAUGCUUUCCAGAACACGGAGCCCCAAUCGAUCCGCAAUGUGAUCCGCCACUUUUUGAAGCAUGCGGAUGCCAAGGUCGCCGAGGCACGCAGUCGUGCUGACGCCGCGGCGGAGGAGCUCGACGUGGACGACCUUGAAGAGAGCGAGACGCCGGAGAGCAUUCUGCUGGGCAGUGUGUCGCAGGACCAGGAGCGUGACCGUACGGACCGCACGCUCGUUACGCCGUGGCUCAAGUUCGUGUGGGAGGCCUACCGCACUGCGCUCGACAUUCUGAAGAACAACACGCGCCUGGAGAUGGCGUACCAGCAGGUCGCGGAUCAGGCGCUGCACUUCUGCUUGCAGCAUCAGCGCAAGACCGAGUUCCGCCGCUUGUGCGAAGUGCUGCGCCAGCACUUGCAGAGCGUUGCUCGCUCGGCGCACCACACCAACGCCAUCGACUUUUCCGACGCGGACACGCUGCAGCGCCACCUCGACACGCGCUUUACGCAGCUGAACCAUGCGGUCGAGCUUGAGCUGUGGCAAGAAGCGUUCCGCAGUGUGGAAGACGUGCACAACCUUCUUACCAUUGCGAAGAAGGCACCGAAGCCGGCGAUGAUGGCGAACUACUACGAAAAGCUGACGCGUAUCUUUAUUGUGAGCGAUAAUCAUCUGUUCCAUGCGGCGGCAUGGAACCGCUACUAUGCCCUGGCGCGUCUGCAGGCUCACACGGAGGCGGAGCAGACGCGCAUGGCGUCGUUUGUCUUGCUGAGUGCACUGGCCGUGCCGGUGAUUGCCUCGAGUGCCCCCGGCACAGGCAACUUGACUAAGGGCCGUACCGACUUUUUGCAGGUCGAUUCGGAGACGCGCCAGCGCACCGGCCGCCUGAAUGCGCUGCUGGGUCUGAGCAAGACACCGACGCGUUCGGGUCUCCUGCGCGAGGCGCUGAACCGCAAUGUGCUGCGCCGUGUGCGUCCCGAGCUGCGUGAGCUGUACCAUAUCCUGGAGGUGGAAUUCCACCCUCUCUCAAUUUGUGCCAAGAUUGAGCCGAUUUUGAGCCAGCUUGCGACGGACGAGGACAUGGCAAAGUACGUCAAGCCGCUGCACUCGGUGGUCCUCACGCGUCUGUUCCAGCAGCUGAGCCAGGUGUACGACUCGGUGAAGAUGGAGCAAGUGAUGCAACUCGUCGCGGCGUUCAAGGCGCCCUACUCGUACUCGUCGGCGGACAUUGAAAAGUUCUGCCUGAACGCGUGCAAGCGCGGUCAUGUGAACCUGCGAAUUGACCACAUGGCUCGUGCCAUUACGUUCCAGGAUGAUGUGUUUGCCGCUGAUGUCCACCCAGCGCUGGCAGGCACGAGCGAGAUGGACUCGGUGCAUCUGCAAUCGACGCCCAGCGAGCUGGUGCGUACGCAGCUUGCACGCCUGGCGCAGAGCCUCGACGCGACGCUGCGUGUCGUUGAUGAGGAGGCGCUGUCCAAAGCACAGGCGGUUCGCACCGAGGCUUUGCAGCGUGCGAUUGCCUCGGCGGACAAGGAACAUGAGGCUGUGUUGGAGCGCAAGGCGAAGAUUGAGCGCCGCAAGGAGCUGCUGCGUGAGAUGGCACGUCGCAAGGAAGAAGAAGAGCAGGCACUCCGCGUCGAGCGUCAGCGUCAGCAGGCCGAGGCCGAGCAGCGCCGCUUUGCCGAGGAGGCUCGUCGUCGCGAGCUCGAGCAUGUGCGCAAGGAGAUGGAGGCGGCCAAGCUGGAGGAGGCGCGCAAGAUGGCCCAGUCGCUCAAGGAGAAGGGCGGCUUGAAGCUCAGCGAGGAAGAGUUUGCCUCGCUGGAUACCGACAAGCUUGUGCAGCUGCAGGUCGAGCAGAUCGAGAAGGAGAAGAAGGACCUCAACGAGCGUAUGCGGACGGUGCAGCGCCGUAUGGAUCACAUCGAGCGUGCAUACCGUCGUGAGGAGCGUCCCCUGCUGGAAGCCGACUACGAGCGUCAGAAGAAGAUCGAUCGCGAGAACCACGAUCGUGCGCAUGCUGCGCGCGUGCAGGCUGCGCGCGAGCGCCACGAAAUGGAUAUGGCAUUGAAGGAGACGCUGACGUCGCUCAUGCCCGACUACGAGGGCCUCAAGGCCAAGCUGCUCGAAAAGCGUCGCGCGGCUCACGAGGCGCGCGUCGCCGAGGCCAAGGAGCACAUCGAGCGCGAAAAGGCCGAGCGUCGUGCGCGCGUGCAAAAAGAGCGCGAUGAGGCUGCGCAGCGCGAGAAGGCCGAGGCCGAGGCGCAGGCCCAGCGCGAGAAGGAGGACGCGGCGCGUCUCGAGCGCCAGCGUGCCGACGCAGAGCGCGAAGCGCAACUCGAGGCCCAGAAGCGCGCCGAGAUCGAGGAGCGGCAAGCUUCGCUCCGCCGCCAGUCGGAUCUGCAUGCGGCGCAGGACCUGCGCUCGCAGGAACGCUUCGAGCGCUCGCGUGCCGAGCCGUCGCCCGUGUCGCGGGCGGAGACCGCGGAUACGUGGCGCCGUGGCCCGCCGGCGCCGCCCAGCGGCGGCGCUGGCUCGACAGACCCCAUGUUUGCCAACCGGCGAUACCGCCCUGGCGACUUGGCGCGUAGCCGCGCUGGCGGCGGAGCCGGUGGCCCCACAGCGCCGCCGCCCACGUCGUCGCAGCCACGUACGCCGAUGUCGAUGCCGCCACCGCCCCCCGCCUCGUCGCGGGGCGAAAGUGGUGGUGGCUCGGGCCGCUACGUGCCAGGCGCCUUCUCGCGUAUGCGCCAGAGCGGCGGUGGCGCUGGGAACGCGCCUCCUCCCCCUUCGUCCGGCACGGACAAUGAUGGUUUCACGACAGUGAAGCCUCGUAGCGGCGUGUACCGCCCGCCCGGUGCCCGUUAA